GUGUGUGUGUGGAGAGAGAGAGAGAGAGAGAGAGAGAGAGAGUGUGUUAAAGCGCUGCAGAACCCUGGGACACGCCGACGUUUAGAACUCAUUCCAGCGUUCUAGAAAAUAUAAUUCGGAUUAUUUUUGUUUAAUCCGGUUUGUUUGUUCACACCUGGUGGAUUGCUGUGCUGGAAUACUCAAUAUCAUACCAGUCGGAUAUUAUCCUGUUGUUGUUUUUUCCUCUCUGUUGGAAUAUCCAGGCUGAUGAAGUUGUUUAUUCUUGCGCAUAAAUAAACAAACCGACCAUGGAUUGAUUCGUGUCUCGGUGAAGCGCGAGCGUCGCGGCAGAAGCACCGCGCAGGAACCGGGGACGCUUGGCGAUGUCCCAAGCCGAAGUGCACGCGUCAGGACUCGGGUUCCCCGCGCUGCCCUCCAGCUUCGACGCCGACUCGUUCCUGUCGGCGCGGCUGGCACUCAGGCGGCGCAGACACUCGGCGAGCUCGAGACGCAACGCGUUCCGGUUUAACAAAAUGCCCACGGCGGAGGAGAGCACCGGUUCCUCCCGCGAGCGCCUCUCUCCUCUCCUGAACAAAACCCUGUCCUGGUCGGCGGACGACAUUUUAUCCGCCGAGCAGAAGAACAAGAAGAAGAAAAAGAAGAAGAAGAACAGCGCAGGAGCAGCGGUGGAACAGCAGCAGUGCGCGCGCUCGUCCCGCUCCAGCUCGAGGUCUCCUCCGCAGCGCGCGCAGCAGCGCAACACCGGGAGCGCCGCGGCCACGAGCGCGCGCUCCACACCGACCGCGCCGCACGGCAGCACCGACUCCGAGGAGGAAUCCGCGCCCAAGAAAGCGCCCGAGAUCAACAAGUGGGAGCAGGAGAAGGAGGACGAGGUGGAGACCAAAGCCGUGGCCACUUCACCGGACGGGAGGUUCCUCAAGUUCAACGUGGAGAUCGGAAGAGGUUCCUUCAAGACCGUCUACAAAGGACUGGACACCGAGACCACGGUGGAGGUCGCGUGGUGCGAGCUGCAGACGCGGCGGCUGAGCAAAGCGGAGCGUCAGCGCUUCAGUGAGGAGGUGGAGAUGCUGAAGGGGCUUCAGCACCCGAACAUUGUUCGCUUCUACGACUCCUGGAAGUCCACCGUUAAAGGCCACAAGUGCAUCAUCCUGGUGACUGAGCUCAUGACGUCAGGAACACUCAAGACAUACCUGAAAAGAUUUAAAGAGAUGAAGCUGAAACUUCUUCAGCGCUGGAGUCACCAGAUCCUGAAAGGCCUCCACUUCCUGCACACACGAACUCCACCCAUCAUCCACCGAGACCUCAAAUGUGACAACAUCUUCAUCACGGGUCCCACCGGAUCGGUGAAGAUCGGAGAUCUGGGUCUGGCUACGCUCAAGCGCGCCUCCUUUGCCAAGAGCGUGAUCGGCACUCCUGAAUUCAUGGCUCCGGAGAUGUAUGAGGAGAAGUACGACGAGGCGGUGGAUGUUUACGCCUUUGGGAUGUGCAUCCUGGAGAUGACUACAUCAGAAUAUCCGUACUCUGAGUGCCAAAACGCAGCCCAGAUCUACCGCAAAGUCACCAGUGGCAUGAAGCCAGACAGUUUUUUCAAAGUGAAAGUCCCAGAACUGAAGGAGAUCAUCGAGGGCUGCAUCCGCAUGAACAAGCAGGAGAGGUACACCAUCCAGGACCUGCUCGAGCACGCCUUCUUCCAGGAGAACAACGGCGUCCACGUGGAGCUGGCCGAGGAGGACAACAUGGUGAAGUCCGGCUUGAAGCUCUGGCUCCGGAUGGACGACACCAAGAAGCUCCACGGCAAGUACAAAGACAACAAUGCCAUCGAGUUCCUGUUCGAGCUCUACAAGGACGUCCCUGAGGAGGUGGCCCAGGAGAUGGUGGUGCUUGGUUUUGUGUGUGAUGCCGACUACAAGCUGGUGGCCAAAGCCAUCCGUGACCGUGUCACCGCCAUCAAGCGGCAGCGUGAGAAGCUCCGCCGGCAGGCCGACGAGGAUCAGAGGAGGCGUCAGGACGAGGUGAUUGAGGAGGAACCUGAGUCUGUUCCCGAGGCAGAACCUCGCGUGUCCAACCUCCCAUCUUUUCAGCCACAAAUGUCAGUGGAGAGCGGCGUGUUCAGCCCAGUCCAGAUGACCCCGUCCGUGACCGUCUCCGCCCCGCUACUGUCCACCGCGAACAGCUCCAUGGACUCAGGGAUUAACGCCAGUUUCACCACGGAGCCUGAGGAACUGGACACAGAGCACCAACCGCACUACAACAUCCACCACGCCUGCUACUCCUCCGCCACGUCGGAUUGUGAGACAGACGGCUACCUCAGCUCCUCCGGCCUCCAAGAGCCACCUGAAGCCUCAUCUGUAGCACCACCCACUGAGACUACGAACAGCGACGCGCCAGUUGUUGAAGCUCCACCCACAGAAGCUUCACCUGUCAAGAGUGCUCUGAUCCCAGCACUCCGCUUUCCGUCAAGCAUCGCCGUAUCCCACAAUUCUGAGCGAGUGCACUCCAGUGGCGCCAGCGGCUUCUCGUCUCCCGUUGACAGUUACGCCUCCGAUGUGACGUCUGGUUUGAGUGACGGGAACGAGGGCCUAUCAGAGAUGAGCAGCAAAGGUCCCAACAAACGCACAGGAAGUAAACUGCUGAGGAAGAGAGCUCGCUCACGGCUACGUAUCACAGGGUUAUCAGAUAAGGUGGACCGGGUGGUGGAGUGCCAGCUUCAGACUCACAACAGUAAGAUGGUGACGUUUAAAUUCGACCUGGACGGAGACAACCCUGAGGACAUCGCCGCCGUCAUGGCGCAUAAUGAGUUCAUCCUGCCGCUGGAGAAGGAAGGAUUCAUCCACCGCAUGAGGGACAUCAUCCGCCGCGCUGAGGCCCUGAUGAGGAGGGAGCCUUUAGAGCCGCUCGGGCCCGCAAACGUCCUCCGGCUGCCCUACCUGAGCGGAGAGGGAACUCUCUCAGGCUCUCAGCCCAACCUGCACACACAGGGGCUGGCACGCACACACUCAUCCUCCUCCCUGCCAGAUUACACUGCAGGUCAGGUAACUCAAGGUCCCUCCCCCGGAGUGGGCGGAGACUAUUACCUCGAUCCUGAUGCAGCUGUACCUGUGCGUCCUCUCCGCUCACAGUCUUUCCACACCUCAGCGUGUGAGUAUCACUCAGACCACACAGCCACAAAUGUGGGUCAGGUAACACGAGGCCCCUCCCCCAGGGUGGGCGGAGACUGUUACCUCGAUCCUGAUGCAGCUAUCCCCUUGCGUCCGCUUCGUUCACAGUCUUUCCACAUGUCAGAUUAUACAGCCGGGAAUGCAAGUCAGGUGACCCAUGGCUCCUCCCCCGGGUUGAGCAAAGACUUUCACCCGGACCCUGAUGUGGGACCACCUGUCCGCCCACUUCGCUCUCAGUCCUUCCACACAUCAGGUUCAUCCCAGCCCUACACUCCUACAUCCCCUUACCCCCAACACCCCAAACCUGAUGUCCUGCCUGUACUUCCUAUUCAGGUACCCACCAUGCCUCCUCAGUACCCCAACCCCCAAUACAUCCCCAAUCCACCCUACCCGUACUCCUUCAUGGUCAACCAGACUCCCCUUAAAGGCUCCAUCAACCCAGUAACAAACCCUGCUCCCCAAAACCCAAGCACCUCCAACCUCACCCCAUAUCCCACACCUCCUAUACCGGGUGAUGUGGCUCCACCCACGAGCAACCCUCUGCCACCCCCUGGUGGCCACACCAUGCCUCCAAACACACAGACACCAGGAAUGUGGCCUGCUCAUUCCCAGCAGCCGCUCUUCUCCCUGGCCAAUGUGCUGUCUCUGGCCAUGACCAUGGCACAGUCCUUCAUACCCCCAACAACCAUGCCAAACGGCCUGCCCCAGGCUUACAUGCCCCCUCUGGCACCCCAGCCAGGUUACCCAGCUGUGUUUGGAGUACAGCACUCUGCAGCAGGUCAGAAAGAAGCUCCACCUCACCAAGAUGUGUCCCAGCAUCCAGAGGCCCAGCCAGCAGCUCAGGCUCCGAGUGCGACCAGCACUCCUCCAGAUGUUCCAGGAACACCAGGGUCAGACAGCCAGACUGGUAUGAGUCCUCAGGAGAGGCAGGAGAAGAACUCGUCUACUUCCUCCUCCUCCUCAUCAUCAUCAUCAUCAUCAUCAUCCUGCAACUCCACUGAGUCCUCCAGCUCAGCCACACCACAGGACACAGUGUCUCCACCCAGCCCCAGAAACUCAUCUCCUCAGAGUGUGUGUGAUACCGCAGCUAAAGAAAAACUGUCUCCGAUAUCAGAGGAGCAAAAACCCGCCCUCACCGUGGGACGCUUCCAGGUCACUCCCAGCACAGACGAGACCACGCCCACAACCUGCACUCCCUGCUCCCCAACAUCUCCUUCAGCAUCAGCCCCUUCCACCAACAGCCAAUCAGAGAGCAGCACUGAGGAGCAGGGCGAAUCAAAGACCAGCCUCAGCACCGUCUCUGUGUCCCCUCCGAAAAACCCCUCAGACUUGGACUCGAGUGUCGCCCCCUGCUGGGGUGAAGAAGCAGCGACCUCUGAGAGAAAAGAGCUGGACACUGAGGAGCAGAAGGAGGGGGAGGGGGAUGAAGAGGAAGGCCGAGAGGGCGAGGCGAGGCAGAGGAGGAUCAGUGUGAGCCUCUUGGACGGAACGACAGGGAUAGUGAUAGGAAGUGAUCGGAUAGGAAACGUGAGUCAGCCGUGGAUCAGCUACACGCGCAGCGCCUCGUACGCCAGCAGUGACGAGACCGAGAGUGACAGCGAGGACAUGUGGAAGGAGCUACAGGAACUCCGCGAGAGACACCUGGGUGAGGUUCAGGCUCUCCAGGCGUCUCAGAAGCGGGAGAUCGAGGAGCUUUAUGAGAGGAUGGGGAAAGUUCCUCCUCCAGGCAUCGUGUCUCCGGCGGCCAUGUUGUCCAGCAGACAGCGUCGUCUCUCGAAGAGCGGAGGAUUUCCUUCAUCACGCAGGAACAGCCUCCAGAGACUCGACAUACUGCCUCCUGCAGGUAUUAUGAGGAAGAACUCGAUCAGUGGCAGUAGUAACGGCUCUCAGGAGCGAGCAGCUAAAGGAGUGUCCUUCGCUUCAGACUACAGAGUGUGAUCCUGUUCUCUCAAACUGUCCCAGUUACUCCUUCGUGACCAUACCAGCUGACAGGAAGUGACAUCAUGGACUUGUCUCAAGUCAUAAUGUUGCUCCAAGUGGGAAAAAUAAAAUGACUAUGGAUUGCCAGUGUGAGUCUGAGUGAAAGGCACAAGAGCGUGUUCGUUCCAUCAGCUUUAAAUCUGAGGAGGAGUGAAUAUUAUCAAGCAGCUGUGCACCUCAUCACCAUCUCACCACCACAACAUCUCCCCAUCUGACCUCACCUCAUCACCAUCUCAUCACCUCACCAUCUCACCACCACAACAUCUCGCCAUCUGACCUCACCUCAUCACCAUCUCACCACCUCACCAUCUCACCACCACAUAUCCCCAUCUCACCACCUCACCAUCUCACCACCACAACAUCUCACCACCUCACCAUCUCACCGUCUCACCACCAUAAUGUCUCACCAUCUGACAAUCUCACCACCUCACUGUCUCACAAUCUCACCACCACAUCUCCCCAUCUGACCUCACCUCAUCACCAUCUGACAAUCUCACUACCUCACAAUCUCACCACCACAACAUCUCCCCAUCUGUCCACCUCACCUCAUCACCACCUCACCACCACAACAUCUCCCCAUCUCACCUCAUCACCAUCUCACCACAGCAUCUCCCCAUCUGACCACCUCACCUCAUCACCAUCUCACCACCACAACAUCUCCCCAUCUCACCUCAUCACCAUCUCACCACAGCAUCUCCCCAUCUGACCACCUCACCUCAUCACCAUCUCACCACCACAACAUCUCCCCAUCUCACCUCAUCACCAUCUCACCACAGCAUCUCCCCAU